AUGCCAUCUUACAAGACGCUCUUCGUCGGGGGAUGCCCUACCACCAAAUCCCAGUUAUUCUCGCCACAGCAAGGGAACAAAUGCAGCCCUAUUCACACCGACAACACCCUAGAAAAGGACAUACGACGAGACCACUGGACGAUAGUUUUCUCAGUCGAACGUAUAAGCGGCGAGCGUGUGCUUGGGUGGCUCCGGCGUUUCAUUCUGGCCUUGGGGCCGUGGCUGGGAAUGGAUAUGGAUAUGGAUAUGGGCAAGGGCAAGGGCAAUGGUCACAGCAGGUUUAUUUUCAUCAUUGGGUUCCUCGGGAGAGUGACUGUCGGGGGAAGCGGAAGGGGACACGAAAGUAGUUUGUAA